CACCGAUUAACCUUCCUUCUUCAUUCCUAGGAACCUCCGAUGAUUCUUGAUCAAGUACUUGUAGUAGCCCGUGCUUCGUCAAAGAACGGCGACUACCGUUAUGGCUACACCCCCACAGAAUACGUCGCUAUAAUAUUCGUGGCCUUGUAUGGGGCGUCUACCUUCGCUCACACGGUCCAAAGCCUACACUAUCGUAUGUGGUGGCCAUUCCCAACUAUCAUUCUUGCCGGAGUCUUGGAGACCCUCGGGUGGAGCGCCCGGCUUUGGUCGAGCUUUUCGCCAACGUUGAGGAAUCCGUAUAUGAUACAAAUCGUCACGACUAUCCUUGGACCAACUCCUCUCGUUGCGGGUAACUUCAUUAUUCUCGGCGAGAUUAUCAGCCUCCUAGGACCUGCAUACAGCAGGUUGAGUCCGAAAUACUAUUCACGGAUAUUCGUUAGUUUCGAUAUCAUUUCCCUCAUCGUUCAAGGCACGGGAGGUGGUAUAGCCGCUUCCGCAAAUGACGACAAAGGCACUAAGCUCGGCGGUAAUAUCAUGCUCGGUGGUAUUGUCUUUCAACUCGUCGUGAUAUCUUGUUACGCAAUCCUCGCCGCCGAGUUCCUCGUCCGGUACCGAAAAAAUAGGCCUAUAUACUCCAGAUUCGGCUCCAGCACCAUGAGACAGAGCGAAGCGACACUCCCCAUUAACGAACAGUACUUUCGUGGCGAGCUUUCCUCGAAGAUCAGGCUCAUGAUCAUAGCUCUGGCAUUCAAUACCCUCUGUUUAUAUAUCCGGGCAAUCUACCGGACCAUCGAGCUGUCAGAUGGUUGGAAAGGAAGAAUCAUCACCACCGAAGUAUACUUCAACGUUCUCGAUGGUGCUAUGGUCGUUCUGGCAAUCUAUACUAUAAACUUUGCCCAUCCGGGAUUGCUUCUAAGACGGGACUCGGGGAACGCCAGCUCGAAAUCUAGUGAUAGCGUCGUGGAAUUGGAGUCUCGAGCCUGCUGAUUUCAAGAGGGUACAAUACAAUGCAUAAUAGUAACGAG